GCACAUAUUUAGUGCCUAAUAAAUGCUUAUUGAUUUUGAUUUACAAAUGCAGAAACUGAAACUCAAAGAUGUCAGAACUUUAGUAAGUACAGAAAGAAAGGUCAUUCAAUUCCAAUUCUUUCUUCCUCUUCCAGCCUAUAUCUUCUCCCUCACAUCAGCCUGAUUUCCUCUGAUUCCACUGAGUUGGGACAUUUGUGUGUGACAAGUUUCUUGAGAAGGCACUAGGCAGCUCAGUGGAUAGAGCCCUAGAAUUGUAGUCCGGUAGACCAGAGUUUGAAUUCAGCCUCAGAAUUCAAACUGUGACCCUGGGCAAGUCACUUAACCUUUGUGCCUCAGUUUUUUCAUAUGUAAGGGGGGAUUAUAAUAGCACCUAUCUAACAGGUUGUUGGGAGCACCAAAUAACAUGUGAGGCCCUUUCGAAAAAAAGCUUAAGUGCUACGCUAUUAGCCACUAUUUUUUUUUCCUAAUUUUGACUGCCAGGAAUUCUCUCUUUGUAAAUAACACCUGUUUCUAGGCAGUGGUGUAUUCAGGGGUGUGGGUAGGGUAGUGAAUACUGAAAGAGCUCUUCAGAGUCCUGCCUCCCCAGCCCUUCCGUGCCUGUGUUCAAGUCCUUGUUCUGCCUAAUUCUGAAACCAUGGGUAUAUCAUUUAGUCUUUCAGCCUGUUUCCUCUUAUGACCAAAGGAAAGGGUCGGACCAGUCUUGAUAAACGCGUUUGGGUCUUUUCCAUUUCCAACACUAAAUUCUAAAUCCCAUAGAGCAAGUUGGCUUUUCGGGAUUCUGUGGGCAUGCUCAGUAGCUCCCGUGGUUGUCCGGGCCAGAGAUUCUUCCCUACUGCGCGUGUGCGGGCUUCAUGUGUCUACGGAGCUGACGGCAGUGAGCAGAGUUGCCCUAUACAGAGCUUGGGACCCAGCCGAGGUGCCCGAGGAGCCUGAGAGUGAAGUGAGGCGGGGCUGGGGAGCUUCGUGAUCUCUUGACAUAAGGGUACCAGUGAAAUACAAGAACCUUCUACAUUAUAUAUUGUUCCUGAUACUUGACCAGACCACCUCUUUUCUCUGGCCUUUAUCCCUUUCAUGGUACAUUUUAGACUACUUUGGGUGUGAAGUUCUUUAUUAACAUGCCCUUGCUGAUUUGCAUUCACCCAAAUAGGGAGUUCUGGAUUUACAUGUGAAGGACAUAACCAUCCAUAAGGAAUCAUUCUUCUGUUUGGACUCAGCAGUAGGUAUCUUCAAGGACAGUGGCAAACAUCUUUGGUAAAUCGAGGGAUUUGUUUGCUUUGUAAUGGCCCCUUCACAAUCUUCACGAACAGUAGCAUCACAGGUGCCUUUUUCAGACUUAUGUUCAACUUUAGAACGAAUACAAAAAAGUAAAUCCCGUCCAGAAAAGAUCAGAUACUUCAAGGAUUUUUUAGAUUCAUGGCGGAAAUUUCAUGAUGCUCUUCAUAAAAAUGAAAAAGGAAUCACAGACUCUUUUUAUCCAGCCAUGAGACUUAUUCUUCCACAAUUGGAACGAGAGCGGAUGGCCUAUGGAAUUAAAGAAACUAUGUUUGCUAAGCUUUAUAUUGAGCUGCUUAAUUUACCAAAAGAAGGAAAAGAUGCUUUGAAGCUUUUAAACUACAGAACACCAACUGGAACUCGUGGAGAUGCUGGAGACUUUGCAAUGAUUGCAUACUUUGUGUUGAAGCCCCGGUGUCCAAAGCAAGGGAGCUUAACCAUACAGCAAGUCAAUGAUGUUUUAGACUUGAUUGCUAGCAACAAUUCAUCCAAAAGAAAGGAUCUGGUAAAGAAGAACCUUCUUCAACUCAUAACUCAGAGUUCAGCUCUUGAACAAAAGUGGCUUAUCCGAAUGAUUAUAAAAGACUUAAAACUCGGUUUUAGCCAACAGACUAUAUUUUCUCUUUUUCACAGAGAUGCUGCUGAGUUGCAUAGUGUUACAACUGAUCUAGAAAAAGUCUGCAGGGAACUUCAUGAUCCCUUGGUCGGACUCAGUGAUAUUUCAAUCUCACUAUUUUCUGCUUUUAAACCAAUGUUGGCUGCUAUAGCAGAUAUUCAGCGGAUUGAAAAGGACAUGAAACACCAGACUUUCUACAUAGAGACAAAACUAGAUGGUGAGCGUAUGCAAAUGCACAAAGAUGGAGAUGUAUAUAAAUUCUUUUCUCGAAAUGGAUAUGAUUACACUGAACAGUUUGGUGAUUCUUCCCUUAAAGGUUCUUUAACACCAUUUAUUCAUAAUGCUUUUAAAACAAACAUACAAAACUGUAUUCUUGAUGGUGAGAUGAUGGCCUAUAAUCCCAAUACACAAACAUUCAUGCAGAAGGGAACUAAGUUUGAUAUCAAAAGAAUGGUAGAGGACUCUGAACUACAGACAUGUUAUUGUGUUUUUGAUGUGUUGAUGGUCAAUAAUAAAAAACUAGGGCAUGAGACCCUAAGGAAAAGGUAUGAAAUUAUUGAAAGUGUCUUUACAUCAAUAAAAGGUAGACUAGAAGUGGUACAGAAAACAGAGGCUAACACCAAAAAAGAAGUCAUUGAUGCCUUAAAUGAUGCAAUAGAUAAACGUGAGGAGGGAAUCAUGAUUAAAAAUCCAUUUUCCAUUUACAAGCCAGAUAAACGUGGUGAAGGGUGGUUAAAAAUUAAGCCAGAGUAUAUAAAUGAGUUAAUGGAUGAACUGGACAUUUUAAUUGUUGGUGGUUAUUGGGGUAAAGGUUCGCGAGGAGGAAUGAUGUCUCACUUUUUGUGUGCUGUAGCAGAAACACCCCCUCCUGGUGAAAAACCAUCUGUGUUUCAUACUCUUUGUCGUGUUGGUUCUGGAUACACCAUGAAAGAACUAUAUGACCUUGGUUUGAAAUUAUCCAAACACUGGAAACCUUUUCAUAAAAGAGCCCCACCAAAUAGUAUCUUAUGUGGUACAGAGAAACCAGAAGUUUAUAUUGAGCCUUGUAAUUCUGUCAUUGUUCAGAUUAAAGCAGCAGAAAUCGUCAGCAGUGAUAUGUAUAAAACUGAUUGUACCCUACGAUUUCCUCGAAUUGAAAAGAUAAGGGAAGAUAAAGAGUGGUAUGAGUGUAUGACUGUGGAUGACUUAGAAAAUCUCAGAGGGAAAGCAUCUGGAAAGCUUGCUUCUAAACACCUCUCUAUAGGUGGUGACGAUGAAGAACCACAGGAAAAAAAACGUAAAGCUUUUAAGGUUAAGAAAGUGAUUGGAAUCAUUGAGCACUUAAAAGCUCCUGAUCUUUCUAACAUAAACAAAAUUUCUACUGUAUUUGAAGAUGUGGAAUUUUGUGUUAUGACUGGAACAGACAGCUAUUCAAAACCCGAGCUGGAGAAUCGCAUAGCUGAAUUGGGUGGUUAUAUUGUACAGAACCCUGGCCCAGAUACAUAUUGUGUGAUUGCAGGUACUGAGAAUGUGAGAGUGAAAAAUAUCAUCUCUUCAAACAAGCACGAUGUUGUCAAGGCAGAGUGGCUCUUAGAAUGUUUUAAGGUCAAAGAAUGUGUUCCAUGGAAGCCUUGCUUUAUGAUUCACAUGUGUCCAUCCACAAAAGAACAUUUUGCCCGUGAAUAUGACUGCUAUGGUGAUAGUUACUUUGCUGAUACAGAUUUAGUACAACUGAAGGAAGUAUUCUCAAAAAUUAAAAAUGUUAAGGAAAAUAGUACUAAAGAAAUGUCUUCUGUAAUUGCAGAUUUAGAAUAUCGUUAUUCUUGGGACAACUUCCCUCUAAGUAUGUUCCGACACUAUGUUAUAUAUGUGGAUAUGUAUGCUGUUGUUAAUGACCUCACUACAGAAAUCCAGGGAACUAGGCUAUCCAUUAAAGCCCUUGAGCUGCGGUUUCAUGGAGCAAAAGUUGUUUCAUGUUUAGAAGAAGGAGUGUCCCACAUAAUCAUUGGGGAGGAUCACAGUCGUGUUGAAGAAUUUAAAGCUUUUCGUAGAACUCUUAAGAAAAAGUAUAAAAUCCUACAAGAACUUUGGGUAACCGAUUCUUUGAAAGAGGGUGAGUUGCAGGAAGAAAAUCAUUACUUGAUAUGAAGCUAGCUUUCCUGAUGAGCAGAGCCCUUCAUUUUGCCCAAGAGGACUCACUGAGGUAGGUAGCUGGCAUAUGCAAGAUAUUCUUAACAUUUGCAAGUUCAAAACCUAUGUUUACAGAAUAUUAUUAGGUGUAACAAAACAAUUUUAACUUUUCAGGAAUUGAAAGAAACUGGACGAUUAAAAACUGAAGGAGUAAUUACAGAACAUAGAUCAAGAGAACUGGAAGUUUUAAUGAAGUAGCAGUAAAAUACAUUUUCAAACAUCUGAAAUAAUUAAAAUUAUCUGUUUUAAUAAUAGCUGCUAAAGUAAUGGGCAGAACUAUCAUUUUUUAUUGUUGCUUUUAAAUACACUUCUUUGAAACUAGCACAUAUCUCACACAUGAAGGAUUAUAAUACUACAGAUUUUCCUAAUUUUAGGUUUAUGGUCAUAGAUUCUUUCUUACAAUAAGGAAGUAAUACACUACCACAGGUGUUAAUUUAAGUUGAUGGUAAGGUACAUUAAUAAAAAUUGGCAAUAAGAUCUUUAGGUUAAGAUAAAUUGAGCUAGACUUAAUAUUUUGGACAAUUAUGGUUGAGUUCUAGAUAUAAUAAAAUGAAUCAUCUCUAGUUUUAAACAAAAGUUAUGCUUCAUGUUUUUAAGAAGAUAAUUUUAUCUGAAUUUUGGAUCCAAAAUUGUACACUCAGAUUGGUUCUUCUAGAAUUAAUCAGAAUUUACUUGAAAUGAAAAACUUUUGUAACAUACUUUAUAGAGAAAUAAACCACUUUAUUUGUCAUCCGUUUUAAAAACAUUCAUAUUUAAAAUACAUAAAGGGAGAAUUAUUUAUUAUGGCUUUUAAAUUAUAUAAUCAAUUUUGGGGGAAUAUUGUUUUAAAUAUUUUGAACACUUGCAAAACCCACUUUUCUAUCACAAGACAGAAAUGUUUAAAAAUCCGUACAGCUGGUAAUGAUAGAUGUCUCAAGUAUUUUAGAAGUGAUAAAAAUGUGUAUGUUUUGGUUGUAAUUAUUUAA